AUUAUACUUAUCAUUACAACGACCUCUUGUGGUAGUUAUUGCAGUCAGCAUGAAAACCUUCCCAAGUCUCUCUUUUCGAAUGUAGUCGACCCCCUAGACCGAUGCUAUCGGUCUUUUGUCCUUGUUGAAAACCUUAUUUGACUGUAAAUAUGGGAUUUGUAAAAGUUGUGAAAAACAAAGCUUACUUUAAGCGAUACCAAGUUAAAUACAAGCGUAGACGUCAAGGUAAAACUGACUACUUUGCUCGUAAACGAUUGGUUGUACAAGAUAAAAACAAGUACAACACACCAAAGUAUCGCAUGAUUGUUCGUUUCACAAACAAGGACAUUGUAUGCCAGAUAGCGUACGCCCGUAUUGAAGGAGAUGUUGUGAUAUGUGCUGCAUACGCUCAUGAACUUCCAAGAUAUGGGGUCAAGGUUGGGCUGACGAAUUAUGCUGCUGCUUAUUGUACUGGAUUGCUACUGAGCAGAAGGCUUCUAAACAAAUUUGGAUUGGAUGAGAUUUAUGAAGGUCAAACAGAAAUUGAUGGAGACGAAUUCUAUGUCGAGGAUGUGGAUGGAAAACCUGGUGCUUUCCGUGCAUUCUUAGAUGUUGGACUCGCUCGUACCACCACUGGUGCCAAAGUUUUUGGAGCAAUGAAAGGAGCUGCCGAUGGUGGACUUGAUAUUCCUCAUUCAACAAAAAGGUUUCCUGGUUACGAUGACGAGUCUGGUGAUUUCAGUGCUGAAGUUCAUCGAAGCCAUAUUUUUGGCGGACAUGUUUCCAAUUACAUGAAAGAAUUGGAAGAGGAAGAUGAAGAGGCCUUCAAGAGACAGUUCUCUCAGUACAUUAAGCAUGGCGUAACGGCAGAUACUGUUGAAGAAAUGUACACAAAAGCUCAUGCUGCUAUCAGGGAGGAUCCUACUCCUAAGAAGAAGACUGACUUUGCUGGAAAGACUAAGAGAUGGAAUCGCAAGAAGAUGACAUUCUCCCAGCGCAGAGAUCGUGUUAAACAGAAGAAAGCAUCAUUCUUGCGUGCUAAGCAACAAGAGGGAUAAAAAUGGAAGCUUUGCAUUGUUAUUCAGUGGAAGUUUCCUAAUAAAUAAUGCGCUGAACGAA